AAUAGUACCGUCUAUAGUUGUAUUGUUUUCCCCUGUGCGGAACAACGAUUAUGAAAAGGCUCAGUUAACAUUGAGGGAAAUGGUAUAUUACUUCUGAUUUCGUAUAUUUCAUUGUAUUUGUACACAUAAAGGAAUUUAAACUAGUUGAAGUUUCAGACUUCAGAUCAAUGGGAAAGAAAAAAUUGAUAGACUUGGUAACCAUUAGUGUUGAGGACAAACUCGACUCAAAUGGUGCGCUUCGAAAUGUCGCUGUUAAAGAUGCAUGGCAGAGACUUAGACAAAACAUCGACGUGAGAGAAUGGAAAGAUGCGGAAAACGUUUUAAAGGAGUUAUCUGACAAUCUACAAAAGAUCAAUAUGUUAAAGUCAAUGACAGGUACAUUCAGUAAACUUAAAUCAGCGAUUAAGACACCAGAUGAAAUGGUAGAGGAAAAUGACUUCCACAGUGCAAAAGAUACUCCAAGAGACGACAAACGAGAAUCGUUGCAGAUAGCAAACGACCUUAAAAAUGCAAGAGAAGAUAGUGAUGGCCUAUGUGCAUGUUUAAAGAUAGUAAAAGACGCGCUAGAGAAAGACAAUGAUGUUCCUGGAAAAAUUAAUGUCCCUUCGGGUGCAAAUGAAAACAUAAAAGAUAGCUACAGAUCACUCAUUUUCAUUUGUGAGAAAUGCAAAAAGACUUUAAGAGAAAACGAGCAGUUGAAGAAACGAAUCGAGUCCAUAGAAACACGUCAUAAAGAAAUGGAAAAGAAAAUAGACGAAAAAGAAAAAGAAAUAAAUCAAAUGACACAAACUGUAGACCUUCUAGAGAAAAAGCACAGUAGCAUCAAGGAAAGUAAACAGGACAAUAUGAAAGAACAGCUGAAAGUAAAAAGUCUGGAACGUCAGGUUUUGCUUAAAGAUACAGAAAUGUACGAACUUAAACAAGAAAAUGAAAACUUAAAGAAAAGGAUAAACGAAAUAAUGGACGAAAAAGGGUCAGAACUGGCAGAUUUAUAUAAUCCAUUUCCUCCAGAAAAACUAGCUGAACAAUUCAAAGAUCUAUUCAACACAGCAUACAAAGAAUCUUUUGAGUUUUACAAAACAAAACUGAAGAAAACCGAGAAGGAUGCCGCUGGAAGACUUCUCCAAAUUCUUUACGACGCUUGUUUAUUUUGCACGGAAUUCAGUGUCAAUCAAAUGCAGAAAGUAAUGAGUGAAUUUAUUUAUCCUGGCGACACUCCUGAAGCAAUGCAUGAUUUGUCGAAAGUGGAAGAGUCAGAUGUAAAACAGAUGCAUAAUUUACGUAAACAGACAUGCCGAUUGUCAUGUGAAUUUGUGAAAAAUUCAUUUGUGACAAAACUGGAAUCUGCUAAUGGAGAAACAUAUACGUUCGAUGAACUGACAGUCUGUAUGCCUUAUAUAGAGAGUUCUGUAGAGAUAUGUUGGUUUCUUAAUGUUCAAACACCACCUAUGCAUAUAGGCUUCGAGGAUAACGCCUUGCAAGACAUCGCUGUUGAUAAAACCAAAUAUGAAAUAACUUCCGGAAAAGGAGUUAAAGUUGACAUUGUGAUGUGGCCACCAUUAUAUAGAUCUCAAGACGGGCAACUAAUGUCCAAAGGAUGUAUCAAAACGAAAUAACCUAUCACAUUCUGUAUGUGUGUAGUUAGUUUAAACCUAUAUCCACAACUUCUACUGCUGCAUAUUAUUAAUAUGCCUCGACUUUGAUAAAAUGUGUUAUUGAUUUUAUUGCUUUAACGUAGAUUUAUU